CCAACAUCUACCACAAGCAAAAGCCGCCCGACCUUUCUCCUUUUCAAAUCAAAACCUUUAUUUGUUCAUCCAUCUGUAAUAGCUCAACGGUUCAUCCUUCUUCACCAUUUGAGCAAGGAUAUUUUCUAUGCACUUCACAUCUUCCAAGUUAUCGCACUCAGCGAGACAACAUUAAGUGGGCGUAUCUCCGUACGUAUCUCAAAUUCUCAAUGCCAUUGGCAUUAGUUUGAUUGAAUUGCGGGAACUACGACGGGCGUGGUGCUGCGAGGGACCCUUGUACGUACCGGGUACUUGUGGGAGAACUCGGAAGAACGCCGGAAGAACGGCAUGAAAUAUGAUGAUGCUCCUGAUAUAGACUCUAUAGUACAGGUACACUCACACUAGUACGAGGUUAGUAGAGUUUUAUGCAGAUUCGAUCAAGAUGGAACCCAACAAUAAAGUUCUGCCACCUAACUUGCGAAGGGAAUGGCUGUUCUCACCAGCAUGUUGUCAUGGAGAUGAGAGUAAUGAAUUUACUCUUAUGAACUAUAACAUCCUCGCUGAUUGUCAUUUCAAAGAGGACUGGUAUCCAUACUGCCCUCAGGGGUUCCGUAAGAUGUCAGAAAGACACCAAGCCUUAUUACAAGAGAUAAAACAUCAUGAUCCAGACAUUGUUUGUUUACAAGAGGUUGGACCAGAUUAUUUUGCUGAUCAGCUCAAUCCUGAGAUGUAUUCUCUUGGUUACCAUGGUGUUUAUAUGAAGAAAGUAAGAGGUGUAAUGGAAGGAGAGGCAACAUUCUACAAGAAAAAUAGAUUUGAAAUGACUGAUCAGAAGGGAGUGGUUUAUAAUGAGCUAGCAGCAAAGGCAUGUGAAAAGGCUAACCUUUCCAACGAUGCCCAGGAGAGUGUAUUGUCUUACAUUGAACGGGAUCAUCUGGUUCUUUUUACAAAGCUACAAGAUAUAAAAACAAAGAAAACAGUCUGCAUUGGAAAUACACAUCUUCUGUUUGAUGACUAUAAGAACAUUGAUGUUAUAACGUUACAGGCAAGUUUAGCUAUCAACGCCAUGAUAGAUUUUGCUGGGGGUGUAGACCAAGCCCAUAUACUAUGUGGAGAUUUCAACCAGGAACCUCAUAUGACUGGAUAUCAGCUGAUGCAUGAUGGGAAACUGGAUACUGAUGGAGAGCAAUUUAUCCAUCAAUACCCAAUCAAGAUUGGAAAUGAAAGACAAAGUCUACUUGAUGUCUUACCUCUGUGUUUCAAGCAUAACUCGGUUGGGUUGAAAAGUGCCUACAAAACAGUUGCUGGAGAAGAAAUACCCUUUUCAGACGUAGAUGAUUAUCUUGGGGUGGAGUGGUCAGAUGUGAUUAAAGACCCGGCAGAGAUCAUUGAACCUCCUCCACCUAAACGCCCUCGCAAGGCUUUCAGAACGGACCCUGCAAAGUAUGGCGAGAAGAAGUAUAUAGCUCCCUUGGAUUACCAGUGGUUUGAUUCUCAUAGUCUGUCUUGCUAUGGUGUUUUAGAAAUGGUGGAUGAAAGAGAAAUUUUUCCACUUUAUGCCUGUCCAAAUAAGUAUUUUCCUUCAGAUCACUUGUCAGUCAUGUCCAGAUAUAAAUUUAUUUAAAUCAGUGUGAUACAAAUCAAGGUACUGUUAAAAAAAGUUAACUUUUCUUCUGUUUUCCAGUUUUUACAUAUUUCAUUCUUGAAAAAAAAGAGACCUUUUUUCUUUUUUAAAUCUCGAAAAUAGAAAAUCAAUUUUCACUCUAUAUUUUGUUUUUGGCUUUUCCAUUUCGAAAUCAGAUAAACAAAUUAUCUAACAGUACCUUGUUUCAUUCAUACAUGGCAGUUUGGUGCUUAAAAGAACUGACUUGUUAAUAUUUUUGAGAAAUUUCAGAACUGCCAAUGUUUCUGUAGUUGUGCAAUAAUUAUCAAAAGAAAUAUUUUGAAUUGUUACUGUAUUGCCAUUGUUAAUUCUACUAAUUUAUUGCCAGAUGCAAUAUGAAUUAAGCCUUUUCAAUUCAACUUGAAUCAGUUCAAUUUGAAUAAAUCAUUCAAAUGUUUUAUUCUUGUUUACAUGCAAAUUUUAAGAAAAUUUACUUUGUCAACAAUGAUAAAUAUAAUAAAUAAUACUGAAUUAUACCUUUAAGUGAGAAUAAUGUUCACAAAUUCCCCAGUCACAAAGGCCAAAUGGAUAUAUUUACUAGUAAUUG